GUAAAUAUUAUAUAAAAUUGAAUCAGAAAUGUUGUCAAGAGUAAAUGCCCAGGCUCAUCUGUAGUUUAGGAGAGUGCCCAAGACAAAUUAUUUACCAAUAAGAAACUUCUCUUCCAAGGAACCUCAACAUGACUUUUCCACAUGGUUUCAUGAGCACAGAGAGCGGUCUGCAGAAGCAACAGGACUUGAGAAAGGGAAUAAUAAUUACUUCUCAGGAAUGAUUAUGGCUGGAAUCAGUACUUUAUUCGCCUUUUAUACCAUCUACAAUGAGUUCAAGCAGUAUCGUAGAUUUAUCAAUUUGAAAAGAUAUGGAUUCUUCAAAUCAGGAUUCCUUGAACUGAUUGAUGACAAAGCCAGACCUCAUGACCCCAAGUUCCCGAUACACGAGCUCUUCCCUAAGAGAAUGGUAGUCUACCUCGAAGUCAAAGAGAGAGUGAAGAAGAACAACGGAGACUGGGUCUGGGAACAUAAUAACAAACUAAGUCUCAAGCUAGUCCCAUCCCUUGAUAUUGAUAUCUUCAAUGAAUUCAGGAACAGGGAUGCUGAUAUCAGGUUUGACUCCGCAUUUGUGGUUGAUCCAGAGACGUUGAUUAGCCAUACCCAAGCUCCUAUAAUUUACGGUAAGAAUUGUGAAGAAUUCCCUGAGAACAUCCAAGAGAUGGUCAAAGAGUACUACAAAGACACAGGUAAAAACAUAAUCUUUGGAGACAACACCUCAGAUGCAUUAGUUGGAGACAUCAUGAUUAGAUUAAAUAUCUGGGAUGACGACUUAUACACAGUAUUUUGCCAGUCCCAAGAUGGAAAAUUAGUCCCAUACAAUGACUCUCAGAAGUUAUUCUAUCUGUCCAAGAACCCCAACCUCCUUUUUGAAGACAUCAAACUUAAAUAUGAUGUCAUGUGGAUCAUGAGGAGAUCUGAGGCGUGAUUUCUAUCCCUCCUUACUUAUGGUAUCUCACAGCUUUGUUUCUGGGGUCUUAACUUCAAGGAAAUGGGCCUUUAUAGACUCUCAAUAAGAUAUGGCCCAACUCCUGUGACCUUCCUUGUUGGUUUUUUGGCUUUCAGAGCAUAUUCUGAUAGCAAUCUAUACAGUCAAGGUGUCAAAAAGCUAGAUGCACUCGGUUUGAGAGACAAGAACAUGCCAGAGAGCUUAAUAGCCCAUGUCAGCAAAUAAUCCCAAAUGUUCAAUA